UGUGGAUUUGUCUGAAGAUGAUAUACAAAGGAUGCUUAAUCACAUUAAUCAGCUCGAUUAAAUCAGGAUGGACCAUGCAGUGGCUUCAUCAAUGAGUUCAGUAAGAGACGUCCCAGGAUGCUGCAGUCUCUAACAGACCUGGAGGAGAUUGCUGUUCAGCUGGACAGCAUGAAUAAGGGGGCCAAGAUCUCCAGUGUGGCCGGCAGCUCAGUCGGGGCAGUUGGAGGUGUGCUUUCCAUUGUUGGUUUGGCAUUAAUUCCUGUAACAGCUGGAGCAUCUCUAGUUCUGACGAUGACCGGGGUGGGGCUGGGAAUUACCAGUGGAGUCAACAGUCUCGUCACCACUGGCACAGAGAUCGGAGUGAACCACACGCAACAAAACAAAGCCAGUGAAACCUUCAAGAGCUUCAUGGAGGAUGUGAAGAGUCUCCAGGAUUGUCUGCAGGAGGUGACCCAAAGAGCAACAAACGGGGUGGAUGUGGUUGUGGGAGUCGGCAAGGUGCUCUGUAAAGCGGGUGUUAUUGGAAAAAGCAUUGACUCGAUGUUUGAUGCUGUCAAAGAAAUCAAAGGGCCUCUUGCUCUCUCCAAGUCAGCCAGGGCUGGUUUCAUCGGGCUCAACGCGCUCUUUGUUGGCAUGGAUAUCUUCUUCAUCUGUAAAGACAGCGUCAGUCUUGCCAAAGGCAGCGAGACUGAAUUAUCACAGUUCAUCAGAGCCAGAGCUGCACUGUGGAGCUCAGAGAUGGACUCAUGGCAGAAGAUCCACGACUCCCUGACCAAAGGUCUGGUGACAUCAGAGAAAAACAAAUUCUUCCUGGAGACGCCGUUUUAUCCAGAGAGAAAGAAGAAGGAACACAGAGACACAGGAAUGGAAAUUUCAUUCGAUGAAAUAAAACAAAUGAAAAGCAAAAAAAAUGUGUGAUACAGUAGUGAUCAGUGUACAGAGAUUACUGCACAUUGAGAACCAACUCUGACAUUCAGAUCACAUACAGUAUAAUUUUAAAGUCACUGUUCAGCAUCAAACAUCAUUAAAAUGCAUCUUUAAAGAAGUCUUAUUAGCUGUAAUUCUCAUGACAUAAACCAAUUUAUUGCAUCAACUCUUUCUUAUUCUUUAUUGUAAAUUUGUGAAACUUUUGCUCAACCUGUUUCAAAACAUAAAGAUUUAUAAGUGUGAUUUUUUUAAAUACAUACUUUAAUUGAUAAUAAAUGUAAA